GUGGAAAACGAGAACUUUGAGAUGCAGCAGUUGUACGAUAUCAACUGGUUUGUGUGUAUGCUGUCCACGCCCGCCAACAUGUUCCAUGUUCUGCGUCGACAGAUUGCUCUCCCUUUCAGGAAACCUCUGGUGAUCAUGACACCCAAGAAUCUGCUGCGUUUGCCUGAGGCGCGAUCAAGCUUCGACGACAUGUUGGAGGGUACGAGGUUCCAACGUGCCAUACCAGAGGCCGGAGCAGCAUCAGAGGAUCCAAACGGUGUUAAGAAACUGAUAUUCUGUAGUGGGAAGGUCUACUAUGAGCUGGUCAAGGAGAGAGAAAUGAAGGGCAACACUGACAAAAUCGCCAUCGCAAGGAUAGAACAGAUCUCACCAUUCCCGUAUGACCUCGUGAGAAAGGAGAUAGAGAAAUACUCGAGGGCCAAAAUCGUGUUUGUCCAGGAGGAACCGAAGAACAUGGGCGCCUGGUGCUACGUACAGCCUCGCAUGACCACCGUGCUCAAACGCAUCAACACAAACCGUGAAAUCAA